AUGAUGCUCAUUGGAAAAGGUGCUUGCUGCCGAACCAGUGAUGUGACUUUAAUCCUGGGGAAUCAUGUGCUGGAGGAGCUUGUAGUUGAUAUCUGUUCUACCUAUGACCUUGAAGCCCCUGGAGAAGUAGCAGAAAGGCAUCUGAAGCUCUGCAGUCAUCGACGGGACCAGAAGUGGCAUCAUAAACAAUACAAGAAAGCCCACUUGGGCACAGCCCUGAAGGCCAAUCCGUUUGGAGGCGCCUCUCAUGCCAAGAGAAUUGUGCUGGAAAAAGUAGGGGUUGAAGCCAAACAGCCAAAUUCUGCCAGCAGGAAGUGUGUCAGGGUGCAGCUCAUCAAGAAUGGCAAGAAGAUCACAGCUUUCGUGCCCAAUGAUGGUUGCUUGAACUUCAUUGAGGAAAACGAUGAAGUUCUGGUUGCUGGAUUUGGUCGAAAAGGUCAUGCUGUAGGUGAUAUUCCUGGAGACCGCUUUAAGGUUGUUAAAGUCACCAAUGUGUCUCUUUUGGCCCUGUACAAAGGCAAGAAGGAAAGACCAAGAUCCAAAAUUUUGACAACGGAAAUGCAAUAA